GAAAGGCAGUCGAAGAUGGCCGCCGAGCCGGGCGGCGGGCGCCCCUGGCCCUACUGCCGUUACCGGCCGCUGCUCGCUGCUUUUGCCGCCGCGCUGCUGCUUCUUUCUCCCUCCUCUUCUUCCUCUUGUCACCACCGCGUGCCCAGCGGCGAGGAGGUUGUCUAUCGAGUUCCUCUUAAGGAAAAUCAUGUCUUGAAGAGAAAUGUGGAUCAACAGCUAAGAAUCAAGAUUAUAUACGACAGAAGUGUUGAGGAUUUGCUACCUGAGAAAAGGCACCUUAUAAAGAACAAGCUUUUUCCACAAGCUAUAUCUUAUUUGGAGAAGACAUUUCAAGUGCGCAAAUCCUCGGGUACUAUAUUACUAAGCAGGCAGUGUGCGACAAACCAAUAUUUGAGGAGGAAAGCUGACCCUCACAGAUACUGCCUAGGAGCCUGCGCACAGCAUACGAGAUGUGGGCCAGUUAUAGUUCCUGAGAAACACCUCCAGCAAUGCAGGGUGUGCAAUGGGAGUGAAUGGCACUGCAGACCCACGGGUAUACCUGACCAAGAAGGGGUUCGAGAUGCUGACUUUGUACUUUACGUUAGUGCUCUCACUACUGAAAGGUGUGGCCAUGAAAAUAUCAUCGCAUAUGCAGCCUACUGCCAACUGGAAGCUGAAAUGGACAGGCCAAUAGCAGGAUAUGCGAACUUGUGUCCAAAUAUGAUUUCAACGCAAGCUCAGGAAUUCGUUGGCAUGUUGUCUACAGUGAAACAUGAGAUUAUCCAUGCACUGGGUUUCUCUGCUGGACUGUUUGCAUUUUACCGUGAUGAUGACGGAAAACCUUUGACAACAAGAUAUGCAGAUGGACUCCCUCCUUUUAAUGAAAGUCUAGGUUUAUAUCAGUGGAGCAAUAAAGUCGUUCAUAAAGCAGUGAGGUUAUGGGACAUACGUGGUGGCAAAAUGCUGCGCCAUGCUGUGUAUCUUCUGGUAACACCUCGUGUAGUUGAAGAAGCUCGAAAACAUUUUAAUUGUCCAAUUCUGGAGGGAAUGGAGCUUGAAAAUCAAGGAGGCAUGGGUACUGAGCUCAAUCACUGGGAGAAAAGAUUGUUGGAGAAUGAAGCGAUGACUGGAUCCCAUACACAAAAUCGAGUCUUUUCCAGGAUCACCUUAGCAUUAAUGGAAGACACAGGCUGGUAUAAAGCAAAUUACAGCAUGGCAGAGAAAUUAGAUUGGGGACGCAAUAAAGGCUGUGACUUCGUAAUGAAGAGCUGUAAAUUCUGGAUUGACCAAAAGAGACAAAAGAGGCAAUUAAUCAGUCCAUACUGCGACACUUUGAGGAGUAAUCCUUUGCAGUUAACCUGCAGACAGGACCAAAGAGCAGUAGCAGUGUGCAACUUGCAGAAGUUUCCAAAGCAGUUACCUCAGGAAUAUCAGUAUUUUGACAAUCUUAGUGGAGUACCAGCAGAAGAAUUGCCUUACUAUGGUGGCUCAGUAGAAAUUGCUGAUUAUUGUCCCUUUAGUCAAGAAUUUAGUUGGCAUUUAAGUGGUGAAUUUCAACGCAGCUCAGACUGUAGAAUAAUUGAAAACCAACCAGAUCCUACCAAAAACUACGGUGCAGAGAAAUACGGACCAAACUCUGUAUGUCUUAUUCAGAAGUCUGCUUUUGUCAUGGAACAGUGCAGGAGGAAACUCAGUUACCCUGACUGGGGUAGUGGAUGUUACCAGGUUUCUUGUUCUCCACAAGGGCUGCACGUUUGGGUGAAGGACACAGCGUACUUGUGCAGCCGCUCAGGUCAGGUAUUAACUGUGAGCAUUCAGAUGAAUGGCUGGAUACACGUUGGGAAUCUGAUUUGCCCAGCCUGUUCGGACUUCUGUGACUCCUGUCCCCCAGAGCGGGAUCCUCCAGCUUCUAACUUAACAAGAGCUGCACCAAUCGACUUAUGCUCCUGCUCGUCUAGCCUGGUUGUAACCCUUUGGCUAUUGAUGGCUAAUUUAAUUCCCCUGCUAACAGGGUUAUUUCUCUGCGCAUAGAGUUAAGCAUGGGUCCAGAAGAUGUUCCAAGGUGAUACACCAUCAUGUUGCACUCCUUAUUGCGGAGCACUGAGUUUUUGCCUCUGCAGGCAGCUGUCUUCUGCUGAACCUCAUCUCUCCUGGCAAGUAUCGGUGCAGACAGUAGUCAGGGAGGUACUGACAAAAGCAGCCAGGGUUUGAGAGGAGGAAAAUUUACCUUGUCAUCUCAGUAAGUGCCAGUAUUUUCCUGAAUUGCAACCUUUUGAUUUUUUUUGACACGUUAACAAGAUCUCAUAUGCCAACUGCAUUAGACUACCUGGCAACUUGGUUGAGAUUUGAAACAAGAACUCUUCUGUAAUAGAACUGAGGGUUGGUUUUUUUAUGUCAUCGGUGUGACUGGUAGCAAAGCAUCCUCAAACUGGAAAUAUACCUCAGUGGUUUAGUCAAAAGCCAUGUAAAAAUCAGUUACUAUCACUACUAAUAACCAGGCCUAAACAGGUGUGGGAAUUGUUUGUUUGUUUUGUCAAUUCUUACAACUUAUGGGGGGAAGAAAUAAUUCAGUGGGAUAGACCAGUGGUUGGCAGUUGUCUCCACAACUGGAUUCUGCAGCUUUGAGGCUUCUCAGAAUUCAUACAAGUUUGUGGGAUAGUGGCUAAUUCUUGGGGUUCACUUAAACCUUCCUACAUGCACAAAGUGGAAUUCCAGACUGGUAACCAAGACAACUGUCUAGAAAUCCCAUUCUCGUUUAGCAUGUGCCAGUUCUACUGUGAAAUUCAAUACAUGAAACGUUUGAAUAUUCUCGGAGUCAUUUGCUAGGCAGAUGCAUUUCAGUACUGACAGCCAGUCUGUAAAAUUGGGAUAGUUUUUCUCAUUACUUUUAAUUUUGUUGGCUUGUUUCUUAAAUAAUGGCAUUAUUAUUUUUUUAAAUAGUAUGAACACAAACACAGCUGUUCUCACUUUGAAGGGCAAACCAGUAGCGAUGGCAGCUAUAAUCUUACAGGACCACAUUGACUUCUCUAGACCAAAAACUAUACUGAAUGUGUGAAGAAGUCUGAACUGUCUUUUUUCUUUUUUUUUUUUCUCCCUCUAUUUUUUCUUGGAUAUAUAGUUGAUAAUCCAAAUGCUAUGGAUUAUUUGAGUAUUUGUAAUAAGUUAGAGAAUCAGACAGUUUGAACCACACGAGGGCGCACUUUGGUGCAAGAUUAAUCACUUGAAUGACAGAAUAUGUAAGAGGAAGGAAAUGGGCAAAAUCUGUCUUGCUAAGGACAGCUGUUCUAUAGGACACUCUUAAGGAUGUUUUUAUUUGUUUCUGACUCUAUAUAAUGUGUUACAAAUAACCCUGUUCAGAGUAAAAGAAACUCUUAUGUGGUGCAAUCCAUUGUCUGUCCUGUUAGGAUAGUUUUCAUUCUUGGAAAAGUGUUAAACUUGAGGGAGCAGAUGUGCCCAGUGCACUAAAAAACUCAAAUAUAGGGAGAAAGGUGACGUUACUCUGCUUCUUAAAUGUGCUGUGAUGUUAGAAUUGUCAGUGACUAGAUCCCUUUCUAAAAUGAAGGGUAGGGGGAUGGAAGGGGUAGGGAGUAAAAUUGCUUUAGCUACAACUAAAUUUGUUUAAUAAUAGGACUUCCAUUGUAAUUGUAAGAAAAUCUUUGUGCCUACUGGACUUGGGGUUUUUUAUUUAUUUAUUUAUUUAAAGAAAUUCUUACAACACUGCUGAGGCAAGGAAGCUGCAACCUACAACUGUCUGAAGGCAUCGCAGUUGAGAGAGUACCUCGCACUGGGCUAGUUCCCCUUCUUAACUGCAGGUUAAUUUUGCUUUGAAUUAUCCAAGGCCUAGGCUAGCCUUAAGUAGGUGUUUCUGAGAAGCAAUAUAAAUUAGGAAUCAAAUGCUUUAAAUGUGUAGAAAUUCAAAUUAAGAAACACUCAGAUUAAUAAGCAAAUUAUCUUAAUAUAUGCACAAUCAACAGUUGGUGUAAAUUGAUUCCUUGAGAAACAUAAAGGUUUGAGAAGACAUCUUAGGUCCCAGAGGUUGAUAUUGUAUUUUUUGUCUGUUGUGCAAUAAUACAGUUUAAAUGGUAUCAUUCAACAACAAUGCUUUUGAUACUUGAAAAGAAAUUAUUGGUUAUUUUUUCUUACUGUGAAAUAUUUGCACUGUCUGAACUUUCUGGUUAACUUUAUAACUGUUAAACUUUUUUACUGGUGUUAAUUUAUUGUGUGUGGUAUUUGAUAUGCUAGUCUCCUGUCUGUAAGUGUGAACUUUGUCAUAUUUAAUUGAGUAUUUUUAUUCUCUACACAGUUGUUUGUCUUGAGGGCUUUUCUUCUUUUAUUCUCUCGACCAGAGAAUUAACUGAAAGAUGGCUUAAAAAGUCGAUGCUUACCUACUUCUGAAUUGUAUGCAUUAAAUAAAGAAAGAGGCUGUAGUGCAUUGUACCUACAGGGAAAAAUGUAUCUGCCUGUCGGAGCUCUUGUGCUCAGAUUCACCAGUACCUGCAUCAGUGAACCCAGUGAAGUAAAACCAUUACUGCCUUAAUAAUCUGAGAUUUCAGUCAUAAUUUCUUUGACAUGCAGCCCUGCAGCUGGCUGUGCACUGCAGAACUGGCCGUGGCUUUGGGAAGUUGAGGGGAGGAAGGUACUUUAGCCAGCAAAAUCCAACACGUUCUGACCCGUCAGUGCAGGAGCAGCUGUAGCCGUAUUGGAACUGCCCAGAAAUGUGUCGAGUUCAACUUAAAGUGAGAAUGAACUGGUGGCUGUCAAAAAGAGUAUUUGAGUAAAACUGACUACCUCAGUUCUGUUUGAGUCUUCUAACCUGCUGUGAACUUCCACAUCUUAAGAGGAAUUAAGUAAAAACAUGUCUCAGGUUUUUAAGAGCAUAACAAACACAGUAGGAAGCAUAAGCCAUUUUUGAGUGUAGAACACAGUAAAACUGUAGCUCAAACCAAUCAGUUAUGUAGCCUUAAGUGUAGUUUUCCCCGUAAAAGUCGGUAUUGGUUUUAAAUAAAUAGAAAGUUUGCAGGUGCCUACUUUAGGUGUCCUGACUAUAUUGUGGCAAGUCCAUCCUGCUGCAUCUCUUGCGUGUGAAAACUUUGAAAUAUAGCCCAAAUAAGCCUUUGUGUUUUCACCAGAGUAGACAGGGCAGCGGGAGCCCUGGAAAUAGUGCUAAGAGAUAAACAAGUUAGCUUGUCUGUAGCAGAAACGUUUUCAGUAUGUGAUGUCGCAGUUUUAAUCUUUUUAAAACAUUCCAUGUUUGAUUAUGGAAGUAAAUUUAUCUUGCGGUUUCUUUUUACCCUGGCGGUUCAAAUCUCUAGCAUUUCAGUUAGAAGUUGAGGCAAGUCAUACUUUAGGAACACGUUUUUCUAGCGUUUCAAACAAUUCCAAGGAGGAAGGAUAGCUUUUGGCUGGAGGAUGCAGCAAGUGAAAUUCCACUGAAAAGCAGGCAAUUCGUUCCUCUUGAAAUGAGUUGAAGUCUUGGGGGGCUGUCACGGCCUUGGAUGUAGGUUAAUUACUGAAAGAGAAUUUUUGACCCCCAUUAAUUGACUGUCAGUGCAAUGCAGCCCAUUCUUUCUGCUACACAGUAGUAAAUUAGGAAGACUGAUGUCACUUAAGAGCAGACAUACCCACACUCCCUUGCGAGGGACAGUUUUUAAAUCUUCCUGCAAAUCUUUCUGCUUGAAUAUCUUUCAUCCUGUUGUCCCCACAUUUCCUACGCGUGACUUUCAGCCUGCUGAGCAGGUCACGGUCUUCCCCCUGCAAGCUUGAACAACCAGCUUUCGCUUGGCUGAAUGUAUCGCUCCUCGGGAUUUGCGCCUAUUUGUAUAUUAAAUAAUGGGAUCUUACACUACCAGACUUCCAAAGUGCAAAUAUUGCCUUUUUUAAUGUGAAGCUUACCUUGGAGAUAAAACAACUGUUGUGAGGGAACUGGCUGACCUUGAACAUGUGUUUCCUAUUUUGGUACAGAAUGUAAAUAUAGAACAAACUAUUUUACAUAGAUUUUGACUGGAUUGAGAUAUAAGGGCUAAUUUUUGUUAUUUAUGGAGUAAAAAUUUCCUUAUUUUACUGUGUUAAAAAAAAAAGUAUGUCAUACAAAAGAAGAAAAAAUUGUUCAUCAAUAAAAUGUCUGUAGAAAAUUGAGUCGUCUUGUCCUUUUCUUGAGAGCUGACAAUUAUUAACUGCAAGUAUAAGCAUGAUAAAGGACCACCAUUA